AUGGCCACGGAAGUCUUCAUCGACAAGGCCAACCUGGUUCUCCAGACGGCCGCCAAUCAUCCAUUCCUCGCGGUUCUUGUCUACCUGGCCAGCAUGGCAAUCUCUCGGGUCUGGCACUCUGCCAGAUUCGCCGAAUGUUGGUACCAGUUGACUGGUGGACUGCUUGGUCGGAUGUUGGUGGACGUCGCUAGCUCUGUCGCCUGGCCCCUGAAGCUUAUCAUUGCCUACAUGGCUUUAUUCUGGCGGACGUUGAUCUCUUUCGGGAGCUCGACGAACGAGAGCCCAGUUAUACCCCCCGGUCCACCGCCUCCAGAGGUGGACCAACCCAAAGACCUAGCGACGGAAGACGCGCGCCUCGUCAAGGAGGUUACUGAUGCUGAUGCUCAGCUUCAGCAGCACUCUGUCGAGAAUGCCGCCCUCAUCGAGGAGAUUACCAAGCUAAAGGAGAGAGACAACUUGAAGGAGGCACAGACUGAGCAGCAUUCGGCCGAGAAUGCCCGCCUCACUGAGGAGGUCGCCAGCCUGAAGGAGAAGCUUCGGAAGUACGAGAAGACCGAAAGGUCGAUCGCAUCAUUUCAGACGAAGGUUGCAAAAGUCCCUGAGCCUCGACUCAUCCGCCGUCUUAACUACAACAUGAUACCAAAGAACCGCCAAUAUGGCAUAUUUCACGUGAGCGAAGGGAGGGUCCUCCAACCUCCCAACGAGGCCACAAAGAAGCAAUUGUCGCUGAGCAAAAUCCUCACCGUUGUCGACACCACCCCCAUCAUCGCUGCUCCUAUUGUCUCCGACAACGCCCCGGCCAAUAUCGCUCCUGUACUCUCGUAUAGCAGCAUCUUGAUCGUCGCUGACACCGCCCCCAUCAUCGCAACUCCCGUUCUUUCCUGCACCGGAAUCCUUACUGUCACGGAUGAUGCUCCUGUCAACGUCGCUCCUCGUCUAUCUCUUACCAAUGUCUUCACCGUCACCGACAACGCACCCAUUGCCACCAUUGAGCCCGCGAUCCCUGCUUCAGAUGUGGUGCCUAUCGACGAGGAUAGUGCUCGCGAGGACGAAUUGAAUGACAACGUUCAUGAAGAGGCGCAAAACGAGGUUAAGACCGAGAAAGAAGAGAAUCAGGUCACGAAGUCUGACAAGAACAACGAAGUUGAGAAAGAGCAAGAGCACGAGGACGAGGACAAGACCAACGACGAGGAUGAGCGAGACCAAGACGCAAAGAAGGACGACGACGGUGACGACGACGACGACGACGACAAGGACGAUGACCACGAUCUGGGCGGCGGCGGAGCAGUCUUGAUGCUCCCCGAUCAUCCCCUGUCUGCAUCUUCUAUACCCGCGCCUCCCGAACAGCCCGCGAUUCCUGGCACCAAUGUCUUCGAACAAGUCCAUACUCCCUCAACCGAGUUGCCUGUCCCUGCUCUCCCUGCUCUGGCACUCAGAUCGCCUGCCACGCACAAGCGCAGACUGAGUGAUCCCGAGGAGCCACAGAGAUCCGGCCAUGGACCUGCCUCUCGUCCAAUCCCUACGGAAUCCUCAACCUUGCCGUCUGUCUCUUCAAGUACUACAGUUGCGUCUGCCCUCGUUACUGCACAGCUUCCUGCGUUCGGAAAUGCGCCUGGCUCUUCAGCCACAAUUGCCCCGAACGCACAGAUUGACGACAAUGAGGCGAUGGAGGUUGUCGAAACCCAGCCUAGCGACAAGACCGAGGGACUUGAGAAAGACAGUGGCUAUUUGAUGGACGGCGUUGUCGGUGAACCCACCGUGGCAGUCGAAAGAGUCGCCGAAACUCAUGACGGAUCUAUGGACGGUGUCAUUCAGCAAGCACCUCCUGUCGCUACUGUUGGAAUCAACAAUGUCCACGGAGACGCCAUGGAAGUUAUUGAGGUUGAGACGAAUCAAGAUGCAAGAAACAUGAUGGAAGGCGUUACACAAUUCGAGACCACAACGAGAGACGACCAGGAGAUGGCCGAUGACAUCGGAUCAGCCCAAGACUUCAAUAUGCAUCAAUACACCGACCGCGACAUGCACGACAAUUUCUCUGGCGUCACUCCUGCCGUCGAGAUCGUGGAUACGGACAUGCAGAAUGAUCCACUCUUCGCUUACACACCUCGCCAGCUCGCGACGCAAGUCGCCAUCGACCGCGAAAUCGAGAUGGACGUUCUAGAGGAUCUUCGUCCCGAGUUGCCGGCCACUCCAGGCGAAUUCGGUCCAAUCGAUGAGAUUUUUGAUCAAACCUUCGUUGAAGCCGGCCCUUCUUCACCGCCGUUGAUUUUGUCACCGACAAUUCCAGACGAGUUUUACGCUCAUCCUCCACCAAUGCCUCUCAGGGUGCCAUCUCCAGACCCCUUGGAUGACCUCUACUCCCUUCCUCCUUCAACCCCUCCCAGGUCGCCAUCCCCGGACCUAUUGGACGACAUUUACUCCCCCCCACCGCCACCUCCUCGCAGGUCUGCUCUUCCCUCGGCCCCCGUCGCUCCUGUCCACGAGCAGGAUAGCCAGACGCAAGAGACGGGAACAGAAGCCCAGGCCAAGGAGAAGAGGAACCAAGAGCAAGCCGUACAGACUGGCGAUACCCCCACGCCGACCUGGUUCUCGCAGACGCGGCAGAUUCUGCCUCUUCCCAGGAGCAACAGAGCAAACAGGUCCGCAGAGGACAUCGCAGACCAUCAACAGAGUGUGUAUGAGGCAAGACGCGAAUUGGAGCAGGAGCUUGCGGCGUCGGAAAGCCAAGAAGCGGCCGGUGGCGAAGACGGCCACCGGGACCGAAUUGUUCGGGUCGGCGAGAGGGCCGAACAGAACCAGUCCGACAGCGUUUUCACGUACGGAGGGGCCGCAACCAGAGACGAGCGCCUGGGUGUCCUCCGCCUACUCUUCGACAUUCUUGGGCGUCGAAGCCAGGAUACUGGGACCGCUAGGAAGUUCAAGAGGUGGGGGGGCCAAAGACGACUCAAGCUCUUGUCUAAGGAGAGGUGGCAGGACCUGCCCGGCGCCCCGGAAGAUCAGAAGACUUUCCUCACCAGAGAACAG